AUGCAGUCAGGAAUAUCAGCCUCGUCGGAAUUGCACGACGCGUUCCAAGCAUUCACCUCUGAUGACUCCCAAUUCGCUCUUCCAGUGACCAUCACCUCCGAGAGCCUCCAGCCGCAGCCUGCAAUCCCCUUCUCGGGCUCCUUCUACUCAUCCGUCCCCAAACUACAAUCGGUUCUCGAACCAAAAACCCCCCUCUUUCUACUACUCCGUCACUCACCCUCUACACUAGUGGCAUUGACCUACAUCCCUUCCGAUGCGGGUGUCAGAGCGAAAACCCUAUUUGCGUCUACUCGCGCGUCACUGGUGAGAGAACUAGGCAGCGAGAAAUUCGCUACCACGAUUUUCGCUACGGAGGAGGAGGAGGUAGUCAGCGAGAAGGUGUGGAGGGAGCGCGAUUUGGAGGGUAAUGGCGUUCAGAGCGCUAGUUAUACAAGAGAGGAUCUGAUGGAUGAAAAGGAAAGGGAACUGGAUGCUGUGCGGCGGGCAGAGGACGAGGCCAGGCAUGGGACAGCCGGCAGGGAUGUUGGUACUGGGGGGACACUGGGUAGAGUCAGUGGGAUAUUUGCAGGUGGCAGUGUGAACAUGCCCAUGCCUGUGGAUGACGAUGUCAAGUAUGCGUUACAGUCUAUCGAAGAUGGGCAGCUGGUGCAGCUAUCUAUUGACGUCCGCUCCGAAACCGUCAAACUUGUGAGCGCCGACUCGAAUGUCUCUCCGAACGACGUUGCUUCCAAGAUAUCGGAUUCGUCCCCGCGGUAUGCGUAUUAUCAUUACCCCGGGUCCGAUGUUGUGGUGUUCAUAUACACGUGUCCCAGCGGCUCAAGUAUCAAGGAAAGAAUGCUAUAUGCGAGUACUCGGCGAAUGGCCGUUACAUUGGGCGAAUCGCAAGGGCUCAAGCUCGAAAAAAAGAUCGAGGGCUCUGCGCCACUUGAAAUCACUGCGAGCAGACUGCAGGAAGAGGUCAAUCCUCCGCAGGACGAAGGACCAAAACGGGGUUUUGCCAGACCUAAGCGCCCUGGUAGGUAA